UUGAGUUUUUUGCAGUGACAAGUGGGCUGGCUCAUUCCAGCAGGUGACUGUUGGAGCUACUGUACAGCCCCUCGGAGAGCUUUUCUGCUCAGGUACAGACAUUCCUGCAACUGGUUCUGCACUCAUUUUUACAAAAAAGACUCUGCAAGAUGCAUAAACAAUAUUCAUCAGUGAGCCCCACCGAUGGCAUCAGUGUAAAGACUGAGAUUGGACCUCAACCAAAGAAACACCGCUACGUACGCAAAGAGGGCAGCUGUAAUGUCGUGUUCCGCCAUGUUCCUGAGGAGUGGCUGUUGUUUGUGACCGACAUCUUUACCACCUUGGUGGAGAUCAGAUGGAGGGUGAUGUUCCUGAUCUUUGCCCUGUCGUACAUCCUGUCUUGGCUCUUCUUCGGCAUCCUCUACUGGGUUAUUGCUCUCGCUCACAAUGACAUCAAAGACCACACAAAUGAGCCCUGCGUGUACGAGGUGCGCAGCUUCACCGCUGCUUUCCUCUUCUCGCUCGAAACUCAAACCACCAUUGGCUACGGUUUCAGAGGAAUGUCCGAGAACUGCAUGAUUGCCAUUAUCAUCGUCACUAUACAAGAUGUCAUCAGCUGCUUCAUCGACACGUUUGUGAUCGGAAUUGUUGUCGCUAAAAUGGCCUCAGCCAGAAAGAGGGCGCAGACGGUGGGCUUCAGCAACUGCGCCGUCAUAAACCUUUGUGAUGGUCACUUGUGUCUUUCCUGGAGAGUCGGGGACUUUCGCAGGCACCACCUGGUGGAGGGGACGGCUCGUGCCCAAAUUGUCCACUCCACAGUGCAUGCCACAGGGAAAAUGGAUGUGACUUACGAAGAUCUGGUCAUACAGCAGAGGGACAUCAUCCUGGUCACGCCUACCACCAUCUUCCACAGGAUCGAACCUGGCAGCCCUCUGUACAAGAUGAGUUUAGUUGAUCUACGGAAAGCGGACUUUGAGCUGGUGGUUUCUUUCACCUACACGGACGACUCCACGGGUAUGCUGCAUCAGACCCGAACCUCGUACACUCCAGCUGAAAUCCUGUGGGGUCAGCUGUUCCAGGAGAUGAUCAGGGUCAGCAGGAGGCACUACAGGGUGGAUUAUACCUUGUUCAAUCACACUGCCAAGGUGCUGGUGCCUGAGGUCAGCGCUGAGGAGUACGAACACAAGAAGCUGCUGCGGCCCUCUCCCCGACAUUCCCCCCGACAUUCUCCUCGACAUUCACCUAGAUCUUCCCCACGCCCCUCUCCAAGGUCACCACGGCAAAAUCACGACAAAACACUUCUGAAACCCCCGACGGUAACUGUGGAACUUGUGAAUGACAUUCGUCCUGAACCCACUGUUUCAACUUCUCAAGCAAACAAUCAGCACAACACUUUGACUCUGCCAAAUGACCUCACAAGUCAAGAAAUAUAAAGGCAGAGCCGUAACAUUAGAGGUGCCCAGACACUGUACUAACUGUCCAUUUCUUUAAAGAAACCAUGGCUAAAGAGGAAAAUUAUGGAUGCUACUCAAAGCAGUACAGGGUUUACAGUACAUGUACCCAGGUAGCAAGAAAAAGAGUCUACAACCACAUGCACUGUGAGGCUGUACUUAAGGGCUUUGAGCUACAUGCUAAUAACAGAAUGCAAACAUGCUCCUAGUAAAAAUGCUAACAUUCUGACACAAAUAACGUAGUAAUACUUGGUAGAGUGUCACUUAAAACAGUAAAAAUAAUAGCAUAAAAACAAUCCAAAACAUAUAAUGUGCAAAGGCUAGUUAUUAGAAAUAUGAAAAUCUGUAUAGGGUUAUUGUGGUAUUCAGAUUAAGAAAACAAUAAAAGACAAAAUGCAUAUGUAAGAGGGUCAAAAGAAAAGAAAACUUGACAUGGACCAAGAUCCUUUUGCCAACUGCUGUUUCCAAGGUCAAGAAUGAAUUUUAGAUUUCAACCGUUAAGCCAACAUGGAUGAAAAGUUCCUAAAACGCUCAGAAAAACAGAAAUCUGAAGUUCAGUGAUAACUGCUCAAUCUGCUGAAGGUCAUGUGAUCCAGCACAGCUACUAAAUGGACCUUGUGGUGAGACUGUUUUUAUAUUCUUUUUGUGUAGUGUAGAAAGUGGAAAAGGAAAUUAUGUAAAAAGAAAAUACAAUUAGACAAAAGUUUAGAGUGUUGAAUGAUACUUAUGUAAAAGGUUCUCACAGUUUAUCUUUCAUGUUACACGACUUUGACUCACAAUUGCUGAAGUUUUAAGUCUAAUCACUGCUGAGAGUAAAUAAACAGAAGUCAUAGGGGCGACUACAGAAAUGUCCCUUAUUAUGAGUAAAGUCAUCAGUUUAAAAGAAAAACAUGUAAAAAGUUUUCUUCAUGUUUGUGGCAGUCAAAUCCCAUUUGUUUCGUAAUUACCAGGACGUCAAGAUAUGCACACAAAAAUAAGCCUGUUUGAUGACUUAUAUAUGUCUUAAUAUUUUAUAUUCUCAAGUUUUUAAUGAACAGAAGAAUAUGAGGAUGUGUAACAGACUGACCAAAUGCAUUUCUAAUUUUGUUGCAUUCUACUGUCAAGCAGAUUUAAUGAAAUAUUAAAACAAUAUUGCUUAUAAGCUGAUAACAGUGUCAGCAAUUUCAAUAAAGUAACGUU